AAAAAGAAAAGGUUAGCUCUCUCGCCCCUCUCUCUCUCUCUCUCCGCCGUGCGCCAUCAGAGCAGAUGGCGAAUAAUAUUAUUCUGUUCGAGGACAUUUUCGUGGUGGAUAAGCUGGACCCUGAUGGCAAAAAGUUUGAUAAAGUUACACGCAUUGAAGCAAGGAGUCACAACUUGGAAAUGUUCAUGCACUUAGAUAUCAACACAGAGAUAUAUCCGAUGGCCGUUGGUGAGAAAUUCACAAUGGCAUUGGCUCACACAUUGAAUCUUGAUGGAACCCCUGACACCGGAUAUUAUGCCCCGGGAGUGAAGAAAUCGCUUGCGGAUAAGUACGAGUACGUCAUGCAUGGGAAGCUCUACAAGAUCUCAGAGCGCGAAGGCAAAUCUCCCCGAGCGGAGAUAUAUGUUUCGUACGGCGGAUUACUGAUGCUGCUUCAGGGAGAUCCAGCUCACAUCUCUCACUUCGAGCUCGACCAGAGGAUAUUCCUCCUCAUAAGGAAGCUUUGAAACAGAAGCUUAUGCCAAGUUGAUGCUAUGUUGAAAUAAUCUCAAAGAGUAGAGUUUACAAACUCAUUUCUAUUACAAACGAAGCAGUAAAGCAUCCAUUUUGCAAGUCAUCUCGGGAUAUAUUUUUAUUUUA